AUGUCUGCUAGCGGCGGCACUUUGCCAGCUGGCGGCAACCCGAGCAAUGGCGAGGACACUGAGAUAUUGAGACGAAUUCAUCAAGCUCUGGAUGUCGUGCACAGCGCUUCUUCAGGCAAUGAUGCCCGCCGGCAAGCUCAAUCGUUCCUCGAAGAAGUCAAAGACAUACCAGAAGCGCCUUUUCAAGGAUAUCGAUUAGCUGCCGAUAAGACUCAGCCACCAGUCGUUCGCCACUACGCCCUCUCGCUUCUCGAACAUGCCAUACGUUACCGAUGGUCCACCUACAACCAGGAGCAAGCUACGGCCUUGCGACAUUGGAUCUUGGAGUUGAGCCAGUCUGUCUCUAAACAAGAUGCGUCCUACCUCAGGAAGAAGACAGCACAGCUGUGGGUCGAAAUCGCAAAGCGGUGCUGGGGGACCGAAUGGAUGGACAUGGAUUCUUUACUUGUUCAACUUUGGCAGAUCCAGGACUCGGCGGUUCAUAAGGAACUCGUACUGUUUAUUCUGGAGACCUUGUCCGAUGAGGUUUUCACUGGGGAUGACUCAGUGGUGACUAUGAGAGAAGGUGUUCUUAGUAAGGCAUGCGUCGAGAUAUUCACACCAACGUCAGUUCUGGUUGAGGCUUUCCCUAAUCGCCAGCCCGGCCCGGAUGUGCGCCAUGGCCCCGAAGGAUGGCUUGAGCGUAUUUCUCAAUUCCUCAACUAUUGCGUCAGUUCCGAAGCCAAAGAUACCGCUGAUGCCAAGAGCUGUGCAGUCAAGGCUCUCUCCGUAUUUGUGUCCCUUAUGCCAUGGGCUAUCCCCAAGGCCAUAGCGGCUGCACAAUGCGUGAACGUCAUGACUGCCGGUUUGGCAUCCUCACACAUUGAUGUUCAAAAGGCCUCAUUGGAAGCGCUUAAUGCUCUAUACUAUCGGUCCAACUUCACGGAUGAUGAAUUUUGCGACCUCGUCGCACCAAUGUACAGUCCCAGCUCAGUUGAUCUUUGCAAAGGUCUGUAUCGCUGGGCUACUGUGGACCCCGAGGAUAUUGAUGAAGAUAGAUAUCAGAUUCUUAAGAAGCUGUCAGAGAUGCUAUCCUAUCUCGGGGACUACUUUGAACGCAAGUUUGCAAAGGUACCUCAAGAAGCCGCCAGCUCUGAAUUUUUGGGGCUCUUGAUUCAAGUAACGCAGAGUCCGAGUUUGAUGGUCUCGAUACCAAUACUGGUAACAUGGACUAGAAUUCUUGGCCAUAGAAAUCUUGGUCCCAGCGACCUAGUGUCUAAAACCGUCGGUCCCCUACUGGACGUUUGCACUUCCAGAUUGGUGCGCUAUGAGAAUCUCCCUGAGAACUCCACCGAUCCUACAUACCUUUUUCUACUAGAUGACACGGAUACUAUCCCUGAGCGGCACGCGUUCUUAGGAAACUAUCGUCGGUAUAGCUCCCAGAUUAUUGAGCAAAUUGUUCAAUUGAAACUUGUCGACGCAGUGUCCUACAUCUUAGGCCGUACUGAGGAUAUCCUGCAGAAGCUCUACGAUGGGCAGCCUCCUUUUAGCAAGCAAACAUAUACCAAGCAUUCAACGCCCGCCUUGAAAGUCGAUUCUCAUUUUACUGUCAUUGAGGCUACGUUGAAAGGUUAUGUGAAAUGGAGGAGAUACCAUGGGCGAGACCACGAACAGCAAGUGGCUGAAAUGGAGUCCAACUUAGAAGUGUGGUGUAAUAAGUUGCUUGCAAUGAGCUUUGAGGACCCAAUAAUUCGCAAGCGGGCGUUACAACUUCUUGUUUUCUUCUCAACUACUGCGCUCAACAAAGACGCCGGAUUCAUGUUGAAGGUUCUCGAGCAUAUUCUCCUUACGUGGCCCGCACUCGAACCUGAAUAUCGUGCAUAUAAUGAUGCCAUCAAGGAUUUGCAAAGUGAGAGUAUGAUUGAGCUGCAGCGUCUUGCGGCUGAGAUGCCUGAUCACCUUUUGGGUGUUUAUGACCAGAUUGAAAGCCGAGUGAAUGAUAUGAUGACUUCAGGGGCACUGGAUGAAAAGCGAUCCCUUGCGUACAGAAGUUUUCUCUUCCUCAUCAUCCAUCGAGCCAGUGGAAUCGACACACAGACGAAAAUUCAGAAGCUGGCUGAAUUCGUUGAGCCUGUCAAAGCUCAGUGGCAGAGUGAACCGAUUCGAACAUCGCUCAAAUCAUAUGCAGACUUCUGCCAGUACCUCGGUCUUGACAAGGCCCAGAAAUAUCUGGCGAGCAGGCACGCACAUGAACUUAAGGAUUGGGGUUCUUGCGAAUUGGAUUCAGAGGGUCUAUUGCUUCAAAACGAGCUUGAAGAGCGGUUGAAGACUCUUCCUUUACGGCCUACAAAAUCAUUCCUUGCCUUUUCCGUAGAACGGUUGGAUAAGUCCUCUCCAGCUUUUCAGGCGUCAUACGCUCUUUGGCAACAGGGUUUCUCCAACAUUCUUGCCGAUUUACUUGAAUAUUUAAAAUUUGCACAUGCCACACACAAUCCUGAUAGUUGGGUAGAGUUGCCUACAGAAAUGCGAAGCAUGGUAGAGCGAGUUCUCAGCGACAGAUUUUGGCAAGCCGGAAUAUCUGAAGGCAGCAAAGAUGACUUCUACGCGAGGGUCAUGGACAAGAAAAAUACAAUCGAAGGCCUUGCGUCGACUAUCCGGGGCUCGGUACGUUUUGUCAGAGAAACGGCGUACGCUAUAAUCUAUUGUAUGAGCAGACUUGACCUGCAGUUUUACGGCUUCAACGGCCUCUCUGGCCCUCUAUCAGAAGCCUUGUUUUCGGAUUCCAUAUGGCUAUCUACACACCAACAGAGCAACUUGCUGAACUUGGUGCGGUAUCUAGUUGACGACUGCCCGGUGGACUACCGGGAGCAAUUUCUUCCCCAGCUCUUAGCAGCUUGCUUCAGACAGAUGGAUGCCAAGGUCAACGGCGAGUGGGAGAGAAUGGAAAAGCAGCAAACUUGCGUGGUAGAUGGCGAGGCAGGACUCAAGGAAGAAAUGAAGGCCGAGAGCAUUCUCCGGCAGGUUACGUAUACAGCCGUCAUGAUGGUGGCUGAUUUCCUGGAUCCCACAAAAUCAAAUUCACACACUCUGAAGUCCCGAAGCCGAAAGGAAGGACUCGAGGACGAGCCUUCAAGGCCUUAUCCGUCACUCCGGAAAUUUUGUCUCAUGCGACAGGAAAUUGUUGAGCCGUUGCUGGUAUUUUGCACUCACGGCAUCCGAAUGAGGGACACGCGAUGCUGUGGAAUGGUUCUCCGCCUGUUCAUCUCUCUGGUCCCCGAGUUCCAGUUAGUUCAGGGUCAAGAACAAUACGGGUCAACGGGGAAUAUUCACGAUGGCAAGGCCGGCUCAAGCCAUACGGACACCACGCCAGUGCCCGCCGAAAUCGCCUCGGUGAUCAGGGAAUACAUCGCGCAAGACGUGCUAAAGGCUUGUUUGACAUCGUUCCACGAACCUUACUUUGUGGAGGUGCAGAAGGAGCUCGCCUCCCUGAUUGCAACUAUUGUGGUCUACUACAGCCCCAUUACGGCAACACCGAAGGACAUUAUUUUAUCUCUACCAAAUGUGAAUCCGGCUGAACUUGAUCGACUUGCACCGUACAUGGCCAAACCGGCGUCUCAUCCUCGCCAACAACGCGCGAUUGUUCUGGAGCUCCUGAAAGACCUCAAGGGAGUGAGUGUAUCUGAAAUGGGGAAACUCGCCAAAACCGCUGGCUUUGGUGGUUCGUCACGCAACAAAAGGGGCAACAGGAGCAAGAUGGCACAGGGAUUCAUGAACGCUCCAACUGAAGCUGAUGGCCGUGUAACACGGGGAAACGGUGUGGUGGGUGCUCGACGAACAACACCGGAUGCCCUGGAAGGCGUGUCCAACUUGUUCGAGGGCUAG